UCGACUUAGGAGCGUUAUUUCGCCGACAACGCCCGCUCGCGACGCGCGUUAUCCGCGUGCUUGCAUCGACCUCACCGACAAAUGUGAAAUUGUGAACAAAACUUUAUACUAAGCGCUUAGUGACUACGAGUGUUGUUGACAACUUACCGUAAAUUACUGUGGAAAUGCUGCUUUGAAAGUUAUUGUUUUAAAGUUCUUGUGCGAUGUGGAAUAAACGCCAUUAUAUGAUAAGAGGAAUUUAAACAUACCUACUGACUUUUAUAUGAAAACAACAUGAAGUCCUCAAAUAAAUAAAUUACCUACCGCAUUGCUUUAGCGAUUCCUUAGAGGUUAGAUUUUAAAGACUCUACUUAUGAGGUUUAGAGAAUUUUUGGCGUAGUUACAUGCCUCUAGAAACAUGAUGGCGAUAUUUCGUUGACGAUGAUGUGUCUGAAGACGAUGAUGGUGUGUUCUCUUCGGCAACAAAUACUUCCGAUCCUCGGUCUACUGCUGAUUAUUGAAUGCAUAAUAUCGCUAAAGCUGCUGGAGCUACGCGUGCCCUCGCACGUGCCGCUGGGAACGCGCGCCGAACUCUCGUGCAGCUGGCAGCUGGGGGAGCACGACGUGCUGUACUCCGUCAAGUGGUACAAGGACGGUCGUGAGUUCUUCCGACACGUGCCGCGCGACCUCGAACCACGGAGGAAGUUCCCGUUGCCGGGAGUCGACGUCGAGACGUUCGACACGUCAGGAGGCAACGUGACCCUGUCCCCGGCGGUGCUGGAGACGGGCGGGCGGUACCGCUGCGAGGUGUCCGGUGAGCGCCCGCUGUUCCCCACCGUCUCCGACCACGCUGACAUGCUCGUCGUUGUUCUACCAGACCAUGGACCAAUGAUAUCCGGGUUCCGGUCUCGCUACCGGACCGGUGAUCGGGUGCAAGUGAACUGCACAUCAGGACGAUCAAGACCCGCCACCCAACUAGCGUGGUACAUCAACGGGGAACCUGCCCCAGCGAGUGCCGUCCAAUCAGCUAUUGAUAAGAAGACUGAAGACUUGGAGACCACAAGUAUGGCACUGGACUUCGUAGUUCAGGAGACGGACUUUAAGAAGAAUGGGCUUAAGAUCAAAUGCCUGGCGACACUCGCUCCAGUUUACUGGCGAAGCAACGAGGAGAGUGCCUUGAAAGAGAAGGCCAUAAGCAACCAACUCCUCAGAUCCAGCUUAGAAGACGUGAAGGUCACCAGAGCAGACAGAGUCCUAGCCAAUUCCGCGGAGUUCACCAAUUCUUGGCGACAUGUAGUCUUACUGUUAUGCUCCAUGCCUAACCUGUUUCUGAGAGGUUUGGUUUGGUUUCCAUUCUUUCUUCAGGAAAUAUGACUUUGGAAAGUCCCAUGUUAUAAUGCCCAAUGAUGUUUCAUAUUAUUAGUAUGUAGUUACUUAAUAAUAAUUGUUAAUGGUACCUACUUU